CAUAGAAAUAUGGCCGUUUUCCCUCAGCGUGUUUAGUAGUUUCAAAUAGGUAAAGUGGAAUAGUUAUAUUCAGAGACAGGAGGUAGUGAAAGAUGGCGGCGAGGGGAGCCGCUUCCCAGCCGCUGUCCAGCUCUCGAGUCCGGGAAAGGAAGGGAGCGGCUGGAUGCACUAAGGUUAACCCAGAGUGGUGUGUUUCUACCCGACAGGAGUCUGAAAAGGGAGCGGUUACCGUGGCAGGAAUUGUCGGUACUGGGAUGCGGCACCAUCCAAUCGGGGCCGCGGGAGGACAUGUAACGGGAGACGAGUCUUCCGACAGCGAAGGGGAGCAUGAAGGGCCCCAGAAACUGAUUAGGAAGGUGUCCACCUCCGGCCAAAUUAGGAGUAAGACCAGCGUCAAGGAGGGAUUACUACUGAAACAGACCAGUUCAUUCCAGCGCUGGAAGAAAAGAUAUUUCAAGCUGCGGGGAAGGACACUAUAUUAUGCCAAGGAUGCAAAGUCUCUCAUUUUCGAUGAAGUUGAUCUGUCAGAUGCCAGCGUCGCUGAGUCAAGCACAAAAAAUGUCAACAACAGCUUCACGAUAAUUACACCGUUCAGGAGGCUCAUUCUUUGUGCAGAAAACAGAAAGGAAAUGGAAGACUGGAUCACCUCAUUAAAAUCUGUACAGUCCAGAGAGCAUUACGAGACGGCACAGUUUAAUGUGGAACAUUUCUCAGGGAUGCACAACUGGUAUGCCUGCUCCCACGCCCGCCCCACCUUCUGCAACGUGUGCCGGGACAGCCUGUCCGGGGUCACCUCCCAUGGCCUCUCAUGUGAAGUUUGCAAGUUCAAGGCACAUAAGAGAUGUGCAGUCAGGGCCACCAACAACUGCAAGUGGACGACGCUGGCCUCCAUAGGGAAAGACAUUAUUGAGGAUGAGGAUGGGAUUGCAAUGCCACAUCAGUGGCUGGAAGGUAACCUCCCCGUUAGUGCCAAGUGUGCUGUGUGUGACAAGACCUGUGGCAGUGUUCUCAGGCUGCAGGACAGGCGCUGCCUGUGGUGUAAAGCCAUGGUGCACACUGCCUGCAAAGAUGUGUACCCCCGAAAGUGCCCGCUUGGGCAGUGCAAAGUGUCCAUCAUUCCACCGACCGGCCUCAACAGCAUUGACUCAGACGGCUUCUGGAAAGCAACCUGCCCCCCAUCUUGUGCCAGUCCCCUUCUAGUCUUUGUGAACUCCAAGAGCGGAGACAAUCAGGGUGUGAAGUUCCUGCGCAGGUUCAAACAGUUACUCAAUCCUGCUCAGGUGUUUGAUUUAGUGAACGGAGGACCUCAUUUAGGUUUACGCUUGUUUCAGAAAUUUGACAAUUUCCGAAUCCUAGUGUGUGGAGGUGAUGGAAGUGUUGGCUGGGUUCUGUCUGAAAUUGACAAGCUAAACCUUCACAAACAGUGCCAGCUGGGAGUGUUGCCCCUGGGUACUGGGAACGACCUCGCCCGCGUCCUUGGCUGGGGAGCAUCAUGUGACGAUGACACACAGCUUCCUCAAAUCCUGGAAAAGCUAGAGCGAGCCAGCACAAAGAUGCUCGACAGAUGGAGUAUCAUGACAUAUGAAAUAAAAAUACCUUCAAAGCAGAGCUAUCCGGUUACUCCAGAGGAAGAAUCGGAGGAAUGUGAACUUCAGAUUUCGUCUUAUGAAGAUUCGGUCGCUGCCCAUCUCACAAAGAUCCUUAACUCUGACCAGCACUCUGUCGUCAUAUCAUCAGCAAAGGUUUUAUGUGAAACUGUCAAGGACUUUGUUGCAAAAGUUGGCAAAUCCUAUGAGAAAACAACAGAGAACAUCAAUGAGGCUGAAGCCAUGUCUAUAAAAUGUGAAGUAUUGAAUGAAAAGCUGGACUCCCUGCUCAGGACUCUAAACACUGAGGUCAAGGCCACGGCCCACCCACCACAUAGAACCCCACCAAUCGUAGAGGAGGAAGGCGAGGAGGAGGAGGAGCUAGAGGAGGAGGAGCUAGAGGAGGAGGAGCUGAGUGAGGACUCGCUGACCGAGUUGAAGAAGCUGGAAGAAAAUCUCACCGAAAAGCCGUCCCCGCGUAAAUUCUUCAAACCGAGAGAGCAGCUCAUGCUGCGAGCCAACAGCCUGAAAAAAGCUGUGAGGCAAAUCAUAGAACAGACGGAAAAAGUUGUGGAUGAGCAGAACGCCCACACCCAAGAACAAACGAUCCAGUCCCCGACGGAAUUCAAGAAAGAAAACGAGGAGGAGAACAAAGACGAUGAGAAGGACGAAGACACCAAGGAGUUAGAGGCACAUUCAACCAAAACAACUCCGAAAUCCCCUCUAGAGAGACAGAUCAGUCGCAGCACUCAGUCCUACAGCGGCUCCUUCUCCAUUCCUCACUUCACUACCAGCAAAGAAAACCUGCCAGUAUUGAACACCAGGAUCAUCUGCCCAGGUUUAAGAGCUGGACUGGCUGCCUCCAUUGCAGGAAGUUCUAUCAUCAGUAAAAUGCUGCUGGCCAACAUCGAUCUCUUUGGAGCAACGCCAUUCAUUGAUGCAGACCCGGAUUCACUAGAAGGCUACUUAGAGAGAUGUGUCAUGAACAACUAUUUUGGGAUUGGAUUGGAUGCAAAGAUCUCACUGGAGUUUAAUAAUAAACGGGAGGAGCACCCUGAAAAAUGCAGGAGCCGCACGAAGAACAUGAUGUGGUACGGUGUCCUUGGCACUAAAGAGCUACUGCAGAGGACUUACAAGAAUUUGGAGCAAAAGGUCCAAUUGGAGUGUGAUGGACAGUACAUACCCCUCCCCAGUCUGCAAGGCAUCGCUGUGUUGAACAUUCCAAGCUAUGCUGGUGGAACCAACUUUUGGGGCGGAACCAAAGAGGAUGAUAUCUUUUGCGCCCCAUCGUUCGAUGACAAGAUCUUGGAGGUUGUUGCCGUUUUUGGGAGCAUGCAGAUGGCAGUUUCACGAGUUAUAAAACUGCAACAUCACAGGAUAGCGCAGUGCCGGUCUGUGAAGAUCACAAUCCUGGGUGAUGAAGGGGUUCCCAUACAAGUGGAUGGAGAGGCCUGGAUUCAGCCCCCGGGGGUCAUCAAAAUUAUUCAUAAGAACAGAGCCCAGAUGCUGACUAGAGACAGGGCUUUCGAGAACACGCUGAAGUCAUGGGAGGACAAGCUGAAGUACGACAAAUCGGCGCUUCGGCCCCACCUGUACUCCCAGCAGUCAGUGGACCUGGCCACAGAUGAGGAGGUUGUCCAGAUCCAGAUGUGCUCGAGGGCAGCGGAGGAGCUCAUUACCAGGAUCUGUGAAGCAGCGCAAUCGCACAGCCUGCUGGAGCAGGAGCUGGCUCACGCAGUCAACGCGUCCUCACACGCACUCAACAAAACCCACCCCAAGUUCCGAGAGAGCCUAACGAGAAACACAGCCAUUGAAAUUGCAAGCAAUGUGAAAGCUCUGCACAAUGAAACAGAAUCUUUACUUGUUGGAAGAGUACCACUGCAACUGGACCCGCCCCACGAGCAGCUGCUGUCCAGCGCCCUGCAGAGUGUGGAGAUGGAGCUGAGGAAACUUGCAGAAAUCCCUUGGCUUUAUCACGUCCUGCAACCCAAUGAUGAAGAGGAGCACUCAAUGGAGUAUGGCAAAAGGAACAGUAGAAGCACCAUGUUUCGUAUUGUGCCAAAGUUCAAGAAAGAGAAGACCCAAAGGCAUAAGGCAAACCCUCAGUCAGUUCAAAGGUGGGGCACAGACGAAGUGGCUGCUUGGCUGGAUCUGCUCAGCUUGGGAGAGUACAAAGAAAUCUUCAUCCGCCACGACAUCAGAGGCUCCGAGCUGCUGCACCUGGAGAGGCGAGACCUGAAGGACCUGGGGAUAUCGAAGGUGGGCCACAUGAAGCGAAUUCUCCAGGGAAUUAAAGAACUUGCCAAGAACACCCUGUCAGACCUGUAAGCUGCUAUGGAGUGAGGGAGGGUCAUUUCUCAGCCUUCAAGACCCCCCAGUAUUUUAAAUAUAAACAAAGAGAUAGUGGGGCGAGAGCUUGGGACAGACUGAAAGAAACUUGUGUGGAAGGAGAAAGGGGGCUUGUUUAUGUUUCGGGGAGGGGAAUUUUUGAUCUGUUACGAUUUUUAAAAGGUUUGUGCCAAAAAAAAAAGAAAAAAGAUAUAAGAAGUUGUAAAUCUUUUUAAAAGCCAUUUAAUGUUGUGCACGCAUGGCAUAGCCACAUAUGCACUUGGUUUAAAAAAUAAAAAAUAAAAGCAGGAUUGUUUACACGACCUGCCUUACCACAGAAAUACAUAAGUAGCAAAACGUAGGACUUCCAUUGAUCUCAGUGAGGCUUCAUAUUAGCAUAUCACUUUAAGACAGACCAUCAGCUUUGGCAAUGUGAGAAAACACUUGUCAGAAAUGACUAGCAUACUGUAGAGCAGAAGGGGGCUGGCCAGUUGUUGCUUUUUUAUUAUUAACACUGGCCAAGCCCUUAAACAUAUCAAUCAGUGACCAAGUAUGAGGAUGUUUGAAAGGCUAAGAAACCUGUGUGCUGCAGUGGCAUUGUAAUGCAUGGUUUGUCUGCCUGGCAUGGAAUUCUCUUCUAUUGCAUGGCAUUGCAUUGUACUUUCUGUUUUUUACAAGCAAAAAAACACUUGAACAACUUUUAUAUCUAUUUAAUAUCAUGUCAUUUGUUACUACUGAAGUAUCUCUUUGCGCUAAAGUAGCCUUUUUUUCUAUUCUUUGCAUGAAACUAUUGUGAUAAGGACUUGUAGGUGUGAACCGUAGCAUCUGUGCCAUAUUGGUUGUGCAUUAUAUGACUAAAAGUUAUUUAUUAUGUAGUGUGAUUUAUCCAUAGGAGGUUACAACAGGAUUGAGUUUUAAACUAGGAUUUUAUUACAAGGCUAUCUCCCAGAAUUAUCCCCAAAGGCUUAUUAAACUAAAUAGAAAGCCCCAUUAUAAUAUUCAAACUGCUGAAUAGCUCUGUGACAGCCAGUACCAAAUGAAUGUGUUCAAAUGAGUCUGUAUCGAGCUGUUUCCCUUUAACAUUCAGCUUGGAUGAAAUUAUUUGGAUUUAAACAAUGUUCACCAUGACAGUGUUCUGACACACUGUUGCUGAGGGUGUGUUUUACUCUUUAAAAAGCAUCAGUUAUCAUUUUAAAUAAUAACAAAGUCCUUGAUCCAGUGCAUACAAUACAAUACAAUCGGCUUAGUUCUGUGAGGUAGUCUGUUGCUGAAUCUAUUGUGAUACAAUAGCCAAUGCACUGCUUUUAUCUCAGUGUUUCUGUUAAGUUAUAUAUGGGUUAAAAUGCAGACUAAUGCAGCUGACUUGCAUCACUAUAUUUAAGAUGUUUAAAUUGCUGCUGUGUUGUUGGAGCAUGCAAGUUUAUAGGAUACACUGUAGUGAAUAAGACUAGGUCUGAGCAUUGUGGGGUAUAUUGUUUAAGUAUCAUGAUAAGGGACAUAUGCAAAAGAUUAACACAAAGAAAAUGCACAUCAUUAAUAUAAUUAUUUA